AUGGCAGCACCUUACGACGGCCUCGAAAUGCCUGUAGCGCUGCAAGCUCUUACCGAGAGAGAAGCUAUAGAGGAUGCGCUUAAUCGAUUUCUUUUUGGAAUGGAUUCAAACAACACGGAACUCUUCGAUUCUGCGCACACUGAGGAUGCACGUUGGGAGCUUAGCGGAAGCUCAGGCGGUCGUGUUCUGAGCGGUCUCAAGGCGAUCCACGAAGAGUGUUUUGACCCAACUAUAAGCAAGCUGGACACUACGCAUAUGGUAACUGGAACGAGGAUCAACAUCACCAAAAGCGGAUCUGAGGCAGUUAUGACAGCAAUUUUCAACGCCCAGCAUUAUGCAGCCGGUCAAGGAAAAGUCAAAGGGUCAAUGUUCUUCUACACCGGUGGCCUGUACAAGAUUGAUUUUAUCAAGGAUGCUACUGCAGGUUUAUGGAAGAUAAAGUGUUUUGCCAUGAAGUGCCUCUGGUCUGAGGGCGAUGUUCGCGUUAUGGGGCAUGAUUAG